AAGAGUACUUACGUAGAUUUUCUUUUAUUAACUGUUUUAUACGAAGAUCUUGAUCUCUCAAAUUAGCAUCCAUUUUACUUCCAGUGAUUAUCAACUAAAUUAAUAAUCCACAAAGUAUUAAAUAACGUUUUUAUGAAAUAUUUAGCACAAAAACAAUACCCUUUAAAUAUCGAUCGUCAGUAACUGUGGCUGACUUACCUAUAUUCUAGCAAGCAGGACUGCCAGAUGUGAAGGGGAAAUCCCCAAUAAAUUGUUGCAUGUGACUGAUGAUGUGAGCAUGUUCGUUUCAUAAUAAAAAUGUUGCCAGGUAACCAAAAAGUCGUAUGUUUUUGUGCGAAUUACGAUCAUAAUCUUUACGAUCGUACAUUAAAAAAUAGACAAAUAAUAGUAUGAGUACGAUUUAAAUCGUAUAUCUGUCAACCCUGCUAGCAAGACAGCGACAAAAUCACGUUGCAUAACAAUGUAGCCCAAGCUUAUAUCUUAUGAAAUAUACGGAAGAGAUACGGACUUAGAAAAAACAGAAAUGUUGUUCUUUGUGGAAGUCAUUGAUGAAAUUCUAUGUAUUUUAGCCCGCAAACUUUCUUCAAACAAAAACAGCGCCAUCUAGUAUCGAGUUCUGUAAUUAUCUCUUUGUUUAUGGAUUUGAAGUAAGACCGCCACGCAUGCAAUACAUUAUGACUGGGGAUUCCCCUAUUCGUCGACGCUGAAUAUGAGGCGACGACAAUCACUGUCAAACGUGUUCACUAUUACUCUGACUCUGGUAACGUGACUUCCUGGUAACGUGUUAGGUAGGAAAAGCAGUAAAAAAGUGCAUAUUAAGGGAGCAGAUUUGAAAUAAUAUUUAUACUUAACAAGAAAUAAUUAAAGGUUCAAUGGGGAGACCUAAAGAUUUACGCAUAUGGGAGCACUACCGUACUUUACCAAACAAGUCUGUUUCUUGCAAGCUUUGUAAUAAGGUCUACAAAUUCAGUAAUGCUGCCAAAAUGCUUCAACAUCUUAUCACUUGUCCAAAAUCUCCAGAAACAUUAAAAGACUCUAUGAAACUUAUAAAAGAUAGCUCGUCCAAAACCAAAAUGUCUGGACUGUCAGAGAUAGAGACAAAUGAUUCUUUUAUAAGCCCCUCGUCGUCUGCUAACACUACAAUAAAUGCUGAGUUUCAAGACACCGAUGAUCAUAUAAAAACAGAAUUAGCGAGAGCUAUAUUUGUAACAGGGACGCCAUUAUCGAUGGUGCAACAUCCUUUAUGGAUACAAUUUUUCGAAAAAUUGCAACCAAAAUUUAAAAUACCUUCACGUAAAGCUUUAGCGACAAAAUACUUAGAUAAAAUAUAUAGAGAAAUGCGUUUUGAGUUAAAUGAGGAACUAAAUGCUUGUAGUUACUUACACCUUCAGUGCGAUGGCUGGUCUAAUUUAAGAAAUGAAGGAAUAAUAAACUUUCUUAUAUCAAAACCUCAACCUGCAUACGUUAAAAGUUUGAAUACAGAAAGUAAUCCUCACACUAGUGAAUACCUUAGCCAAGAAGUUGAAAAAGUAAUGAAAGUGUAUGGAGCAAAUAAGUUUCUUGUACUUAUUGGCGAUAACGCUAGAAAUAUACAAAAGGCAUUCGAAUUAACAAAACUCAAAUAUCCACAUGUUGUUCCUCUCGGUUGCUGUGCACAUAUCCUUAACUUGUUGUGCCAAGAUAUUGUAAAGAUACAAGAAGUAACUGUGUUUAUUAUGCAAGCCAUAAAUAUAAUAAAAACUGUUAAAAGGAGUCAACGAUUAAGUUCCUUGUUGAUAAAAUCAAGGCAGGGUGAAGAUUCUACACAAACACUAAAAUUGCCUUGUGCUACAAGAUGGGGAAGUCAUGUUACUUCGUUAAAAAGUUUGAAAGCAAAUAAGAUAGCUUUGCAAAUAUUAACAGUUAGAGAAGAUGUGGUAAUUUCAAGAGAUAUUAAAGAUUUAAUUCUAAGUGAUGAUUUCUGGACGAAGACAGGGGAAUGUAUAAGUAUUUUGGAACCAGUCACUGAAAGCAUAUUUUACUUAGAGAGCGACCAGAAUCGUUUGCAUCGCACAUACAUUACAUUUAGAGAUGUACAAGCUAAGAUACGUUUUGCAUUAAAUGAGAUUUCGACAUUGAGCGAAGAAAGCAAACAGCAGAUUCUAACAUCAGUAUCUUCAAGAUGCAAUAUGGCAAUGAGGCCAAUACAUUUUGCAGCAUAUAUUCUAGACCCCAGGACUCUAGGAGUCGAACUUACUCAAGAGGAAGAACUUAAGGGUAUGGAGUUUAUCUACAAAUUAAGCCAACACUUAAGUUUGUCAAAUGUAAUGGCAGAUUUGGCGUGUUAUAAAGCUAAAGAAAACUUUUGGGCCAGAGGAUUUGUAUGGAGCUCAUUAGAUAGCAUUGAGCCCCUAAUAUGGUGGAAAGGUAUUUGUGGUUCCACUGAGUUAAGCAAAGUAGCGAUUCGUAUUCUAUCAGCUCCCUGUACUUCGGCAGCCACUGAGCGUUCCUUUAGUAUCCAAGGCUACAUACAUAAUAACAAAAGAAAUCGACUUACAACUGAAAGAACUGAAAAAAUUUCAUUCAUUUGUUAUAACUGGAAACUUAAACAUAAAGCUGAAUGCGAGGACAUUCAGUUUAAUGAAGAAAAUACCUUAGAAGCUUUCAUUGAGCAAGUAAAUGAACAUAACAGUUUAGACGAAAUAGAGCCUAUCGAACCUAUACAAUUCAUCGCUUGUAAUAACUCUGAAUCUGACAGUGAUUGACUGUAGUUUUACAUUUUACUUUCAUCUCUUUCUUAAUAAACUCAAAAUCAAAUUAAAAGUUUUUUAUUCUGUAGGCUGCAUAAUAAUAUUGUCUAUGUCCAGUAUAGUGGACGUCUUGCGGCUGAGAUGACGAUGAUGAAGUACAAAAUCAUAAACACCCAAAAAUUUGGGUGUUUAUGGGGUUUAAACCCAAUAAACCCAAAACACCCGGUUUUUACCCACCAGACUUUAAACCCACCCAGGUGGAUUGCCCAUCUCUAAUUUUCAUACAACUUUUGCUGGCCGCUGCCCGCAUGUAUUUGGCCAGUACGGCAAUUUUGAUUUAUCUCGAAGAAGAUUGUCAAAAUAAUGCUCACAUUUCCAAGCAUGUUUGAGAAAAUGGU